UGAGGCUCUCGGACUGAUGGGCUGCACGGUGAGCUUGGUCUGCUGCGAGGAGCUGGAUCCUGGACCCCCGGGAGUCCCCCAACUCCCAAGGUGCCCCCCGGAUCCAGGGCACUGCAAGCACCCAGCCCCCUGUGGCUCAGUGAGCCCUCAGAGAAAGAAGCGGCUGCUGGGGCCUGAAGACCUGGAGGCGCCCACUACCCACACCUUCAAAGUAAAAACCUUCAAAAAGGUGAAGCCCUGCGGCAUCUGCCGGCAGGUGAUCACUCGAGAGGGCAGCAUCUGUAAAGUCUGCAGCUUCUCCUGUCAUCGGAAAUGCGAGGCCAAGGUGGCUGCCCCCUGCAUUCCUCCUUCCAGCCAUGAACUGGUGCCCAUUAAGACUGAGAGUGCACCGAAGAAUGUAGUGGACAAGGGGGAAGGAGCCUUCCGAGGUGGAAGCACACCCAAGAGCCUCCAGCAAGAAGGCUCUACUGAAAUCACCAAGAGCCCCCAGCUCCGGCCCCAGACUGUCAGGAAUAUGAGCAUCACCCAGACCAUGGAGGACAGCUGUGAGCUGGACCUAGUGUAUGUGACGGAGAGGAUCAUUUCCGUCUCUUUUCCUAGCACCACCGAUGAGGAGAACUUCCGAAACAACAUCCGGGAGGUGGCCCAAAUGCUCAAGUCCAAACACGGGGGCAAUUACCUGCUUUUCAACCUGUCUGAGCGGAGACAUGACAUCACGAAGCUCCACUCCAAGGUGCUGGACUUUGGCUGGCCUGACUUACACACUCCUGCCCUGGAGAAGAUCUGCAGCGUUUGCAAGGCCAUGGACACGUGGCUCAAUGCCAACCCCCACAAUGUUGUGGUCCUGCACAACAAGGGAAACCGAGGCAGGACUGGAGUUGUCAUCGCUGCUUACAUGCACUACAGCAAUAUUUCUGCCAGUGCAGACCAGGCCCUGGAUCGAUUUGCCAUGAAGAGAUUCUAUGAGGACAAAGUGGUUCCUGUGGGGCAGCCAUCCCAGAAGAGGUAUGUCCAUUACUUCAGUGGGCUGCUCUCCGGUUCCAUCAAAAUGAAUAACAAGCCUUUGUUCCUUCAUCACGUCAUUAUGCACGGCAUUCCCAACUUUGAAUCCAAAGGAGGUUGUCGACCCUUCCUCAGGAUCUACCAGGCCAUGCAACCUGUCUACACAUCUGGAAUCUACAAUGUCCAAGGAGACAGCCAGACCAGCAUCUGUAUCACCAUUGAGCCUGGAUUGCUUCUGAAGGGAGACAUCUUGCUGAAAUGUUACCACAAAAAGUUCCGAAGCCCGGCCCGGGAUGUCAUAUUCCGAGUUCAAUUCCAUACCUGUGCCAUCCAUGACCUGGGAGUUGUCUUUGGGAAGGAGGACCUAGACGAUGCCUUCAAAGAUGAUCGGUUUCCAGAGUAUGGCAAAGUAGAGUUUGUAUUUUCUUAUGGCCCUGAGAAAAUUCAAGGAAUGGAACAUCUGGAAAAUGGGCCAAGUGUGUCUGUGGACUAUAACACCUCUGACCCUCUCAUCCGCUGGGACUCCUAUGACAAUUUCAACAUGCACCGAGAGGACAGCAUGGAAGAGGUGGUGGGACACACCCAAGGUCCACUGGAUGGGAGUCUCUACGCCAAAGUGAAGAAGAAGGAUUCUCUGCACGGCAGCACAGGUGCGGUCAACGCUAUCCGCCCCACUCUCUCAGCCACCCCCAACCACGUGGAGCACACCCUGUCAGUGAGUAGCGAUUCAGGGAAUUCCACUGCCUCCACCAAGACUGACAAGACUGAUGAGCCAGGUGGUCCUUCUAAUGCUCCUGUAUCCCUGAGCCCUGAGGAGAAGCGUGAGCUGGAAAGGCUGCUGAGCGGUUUUGGCUUGGAGCGGGAGAAGCACGAGCCCAUGUACCACACUCGACACCAUAUGUCCCGCCAGCAUGGGGGACCUGCUGCCCCCUCUUCUGGACGCCAUGUUGUCCCCGCCCAGGUCCAUGUCAAUGGUGGGACCCUGACAUCUGAGCGGGAGACAGACAUUCUGGAUGAUGAACUGCCCAACCAGGAUGGGCACAGUGUAGGCAGCCUGGGCACUCUGUCCUCCCUGGAUGGGGUCACCAACACCAGCGAGGGGGGCUACCCCGAGGCUAUGUCUCCACUGACCAAUGGCCUGGACAAGCCAUACCCAGCAGAGCCGAUGGUUAAUGGCAGCAGCUAUCUCUAUGAAACCCAUGCCCGGGCUCCCCUCACUCAGACGGUCCAUGGGGCCCCCAUGCGACCCUCGUUCUCAGCCCAAGAGGGCCUCUCUGGGUACCAACGAGAAGGCCCACACCUGGGAUGGCAGCAGUCGAUGAGCAAUCCUCACUAUGGUUGUGAUGCCAAUGGGAUGAUGUUCCGCUCUCAGUCAUUUGCAGAAACUGAGCCUCAACUGCCCCAAGCCCCAGCCCGUAGUGGGAGCAGUCGAGAUGCGGUACAACGGGGACUGAAUUCCUGGCAGCAGCAGCAGCAGCAGCAGCAGCAGCCUCGCCCACCUCCACGCCAGCAGGAGAGAGCCCGCCUAGAGAGUCACAUACCCAGCAGGCCCAGCCCCCAGCCUCAGGUGGAGGCUUCAGCCUCUGGCCUCCCUGAGUUCCCCAGGGCAGCCUCCCAGAAGGAGAUUGAGCAGUCUAUCGAAGCACUCAAUAUGCUAAUGCUUGACCUGGACCCUGCCUCAUCCACCUCCCCCUUGCACAAGUCACAGAGUGUCCCUGGAGCCUGGCCAGGGGCUUCUCCCCUUGCCUCCCAGCCUCCUCCUGGUCUCUCCCUUCAGUCCCAGCCUCUGGCCCAGUCAAGAUCUGGCUACAUCCCGAGGGGACAUCUCCAGGGAACAUCUGAACCAGCUGCCCGCACCUCCCUGGAGUCUGUCUCACCUGGGAGACCUUACUCUCCCUAUGAUUACCAGAUAUCUUCAGCUGCACCCAGCCAGAGUUAUCAGUCCAGAAGUCCAGUCUCUUCCUCUUCUUCUGCUUUCCCAGCUUCCUCAAGCCCUCCAGGACCUCGCCAACCUCCGGCAACUCUCCCUGGCCUCACAACUCAGCCUCAGCUCCCCCCAAAGGAGACUGGUUCAGAUCCAUCCCGGACCCCUGAGGAAGAGCCCUUGAAUCUAGAGGGAUUGGUGGCCCACAGGGUUGCAGGGGUACAGGCUCGAGAAAAGCAGACAACAGAGCCUCCUCCCCCACUCCGGAGACGAGCAGCCAGUGAUGGGCAAUAUGAGAACCAUUCUCCAGAGCCCACUUCCCCUCGGAGUCCUGGAGUGCGGUCACCAGUCCAGUGUGUUUCCCCAGAGCUGGCCCUCACCAUUGCCCUCAAUCCAGGAGGACGGCCCAAAGAGCCCCAUCUGCACAGUUACAAGGAGGCGUUUGAAGAAAUGGAGGGGGCCGCUCCGGCCAGUCCACCUCCCAGCGGUGUGCGCUCUCCUCCAGGGCUUGCCAAGACGCCCCUGUCUGCCCUAGGACUGAAACCCCACAAUCCAGCAGACAUUCUGCUCCACCCCACAGGAGAGGAAGAUGAGGAGAAGGUGGUAACUGAGUUCUUUGAAGAGCCCAGGAGCUAUGUCGAAUCUGUGGCUCGAACAGCUGUGGCUGGACCCCGAACCCAGGACAGUGAGCCCAAGAGCUCAACUCUCCUAACUACACAGACAUACGGUUCUGAGACACCGCUGAGGAAUGGAAUUCUGGGCAACUCUUUUGCCCCACCCAGUCCCAUCUCAACCAGCAGUCCCCUCCUUGGCACGGACAGCACGUCUGUGGGGAGUUUCCCAUCAGCAGAAAGUAGUGGCCUAGUCCCUAGGACACCCACCCAACCUCUGGCAGAUGCUAGCUUCCUCUCUGGAAGCCUAGGGCAACCUUCUUCUGCCCAGAGCAGUUACCAGAACACCUCCCCUGCCCUACCAGCUGCCACCAGUGGCCACCGGAGUCCUGACUUUUUCUCCAGACAGCCGGCUCAGUCUCAGUUCACCGUGGCUGGUGUCCACACCCUGCCUGGGAGCCCUCAGACUCUCCACCGGACGGUGGGGACCAACACUCCUCCUAGCCCAGGCUUUGGUCGGCGAGCAGUGAACCCUGGCAUGGCGACCUCUUUGCUUGGUAGCCCUGGUCUGAGCCGCCGCCAGGUCUCAGGUCCCCUUGGUAACACAGUGGCUGGCCUCCACGGCAAUGCCAUUGCCAGCCCCCAGAGCAGUGUGGCUGCCUCCCCGGGAAGCCCUAGCCUGGGCCGGCACCCCACUGGUGCUGUCCACAGCAAUUCAGUCACCACUCCAGGAAGUCCCAGCCUCAGCCGCCAUGUGGCAGGCUUGGGAGGAGCUGGGCCGGUGGUCCCGGGCAGCCCUAGCAUGGACAGGCAUGCAGCCUAUGGUGGCUAUUCCACCCCUGAGGACAGAAGGCCUACUCUGUCCCGGCAAAGCAGUGCCUCAGGCUACCAGGCUCCCUCCACGCCUUCUUUCCCAGUGUCCCCAGCCUACUAUCCUGGUAUGAGCAGCCCAACAUCCUCCUCGCCUGAUUCUGCGGCUUUCCGGCAAGGAAGUCCUACACCUGCCUUGCCUGAGAAGCGGAGGAUGUCCGCAGGAGAUCGGGCAGGCAGCCUCCCCAACUAUGCCACCGUCAAUGGAAAAGUGUCCUCGUCCCCUGUGUCCAGUGGCAUGUCCAGUCCCAGUGGCGGCAGCAUGGUCUCCUUCUCCCACACCCUUCCUGACUUUUCCAAGUUCUCCAUGCCAGACAACAGUCCUGAGACGCGGGCUAAUGUUAAGUUUGUCCAGGACACAUCCAAGUAUUGGUACAAACCCGAGAUCUCCAGGGAGCAGGCCAUUACAUUACUUAAGGACCGGGAGCCAGGAGCCUUCAUCAUUCGGGAUAGCCAUUCCUUUCGGGGAGCUUAUGGCUUGGCCAUGAAAGUGGCAUCUCCUCCUCCCACAAUCCUUCAGCAGAGUAAGAAAGGGGACAUGACCAAUGAGCUAGUGAGGCAUUUCCUGAUUGAGACUAGCCCCAGAGGGGUGAAGCUGAAAGGAUGUCCGAAUGAGCCAAACUUUGGAUGUCUCUCUGCUCUGGUCUACCAGCACUCUAUCAUCCCAUUGGCUCUCCCCUGCAAGCUGGUCAUUCCAAACCGAGAUCCAACAGAUGAGACAAAAGAUAGCUCAUCCGCCAAUUCCACCACAGAUCUACUGAAACAGGGGGCAGCCUGCAAUGUGCUUUUCGUCAAUUCUGUUGACAUGGAGUCACUCACGGGGCCCCAGGCCAUUUCUAAAGCCACAGCUGAGACGCUGGCUGCAGACCCCACACCGGCUGCCACUAUUGUCCACUUCAAGGUCUCCGCCCAGGGGAUUACGCUGACAGACAACCAGAGGAAGCUGUUCUUCAGGCGACAUUAUCCCCUCAACACUGUUACCUUCUGUGACUUGGACCCACAAGAACGGAAGUGGAUGAAAGCAGAGGGGGGUGUGCCUGCUAAGCUCUUCGGUUUUGUGGCCAGGAAACAAGGCAGCACCACGGACAACGCCUGUCACCUCUUUGCGGAGCUAGAUCCCAACCAACCUGCAGCAGCCAUUGUCAACUUUGUUUCCAAGGUCAUGCUCAGUGCUGGCCAGAAGAGAUGAACCUGCCAGGGGCCAGGGCAGUUGGGCUUGGGGCACAUGGGGAAGGGGACCCUUGAAUCCAGAAGGAAGUUGUGGGGCCAAUUUCUGGAGAAGGAGAGAGGAAAGUGCAGUGCGGGAAGAGGAAAGUGAAUUCAGAGAGGAGGAGGAGAGAGGAAAAAAUGGAGGGAAGAACAACUUAGAGCCUAUUGGGUGAAUGGAAACUUAACAACAACAACAACAACAACAACAACAACCCAAUACCCAAAAUACUCAACUAACCAAGACCACGUGACCUUCUUCCUACCCUGUGGGAUUUUUCCAUGGAGGGCGGGUUGCAAAGUGGCAAAUCCCCUCUGGGAUUUUCUUUUAGUACCAUGGCUAACGUAGAUCCCCAUCUCCCUAACUAAACAACCUUGCAAGGAAAAAACUCAAAAGCUGAGAGUCCUCCUUUGGGUACCUGUGAGGUGUAUUUAUCAAAUGAAAUAGGAGAGAAAUCUAAGUCAAAUUUUUUUUUUUCCUUUAAUAAGUGCCACAUACCCCAAGGUAUAUGCUAAGGUCUCUUUGUUCUGCAAUGGCUAUGCAUAUGUAUAAGUACCUGCGUGUAUUAGACAUAUAACUCCAAAUUCAACUAUAUAGAUAAUAUGCGCAUGAAGUUGUCCUUCCUCCCCAAAGAUAAUCUCUACCAUCUCCUGGGGUCACUGUAGGACCGGGAAUAUAACAUGGAGGGAGCCUAUCUCCUUACCCAGAAUCACCUUGGAUUGUGGAUGUCAGCUUGGGACCUCCUUUCAUCCCAUCUAGUCAGCUCUGGCAACCUUUGGAUGGUUCCUCAUUCUCCUCCUCAGACACAAGAGCAGGAAGCAGAUGUCUGCCACUUAUGAGCACUGCAUUAAGCAUCUCCCCAAACAAGUCAACACCCCUGCCUUAUCAUGGCAUUGAGGCUGGGGAACUUUGGUUCUGGGAAGAUGUACGAAACCAAAACCUUCAGGAGGGUCUGGAGAGAGUCAGGAGAAUUGGACAGGUGGAGAGGCAGGGGAUUCUGAACCCUGACCUAUGGUCCUCUGGACAUGUCCCUCCCAUUCUCCCUAGGGCUAACUGCUGCCCCUGACACCUCCUACCCCACUUUUUGUGCCUUGUAUCCUGAACCUUUCCCUGGAUCUAGCUUGUUAGACUUCCUCACAAGAUGAUGCUCGUUGGGAUCACAGCCAUCCUGCCAUAUUGGGAGCUCAGAAUCCUGUUGGACUCAUCUUCAGAAAAGUCUGCCCAAUUUUGCCUUCAGGAAGUCCAAGGGGGAAGACUCAACCCUUGUCCUCCUCUCCACAAGUGCUUUAGAAGUGUUUGGCUUUCUCUGUCAUAUGCAGGCUCAGCCUCUCUGGAGAACAGAUGUCUGUCACCAUCCUGGCCAGGCCAGAUCAUGUUGGGCUUCAGGCUUGGUCACAACUUCAGGGUAGACAACCCACCUGCAUGCUCACUGGGUAGACUACUUUACAAAGUCCCUCUUUCCCCCUACCUUGUGUCUCCAAAAAACCCAAGCCAUAUGGGGUAGAAGGCAUGAGAACAAACCUAGGAGCCCAGGGUCCCUACUGUGAAAGCCCCAUACUUCUGAAGAAAUCCAAACCAGAAACAAGAACUCAUUGUUAUUCAAUACUUUGGCUCCCCUAGCCCACUUGGGUUCCCUAGUGAGUGGCAUUGUACUGAUAUAUAUAUAUAUAUAUAUAUAUAUAUAUAUAUAUAUAUAUAUAUAUAUAUAUAUAUAUAUAUAUAUAUAUAUAUAUAUAUAUAUAUAAUAUAUACAUGAGAUAUGCUGAUGGAAUAAUGUAAGCUAAUCAAGUUUAAGAAAAGGAAAAAAAAGACAGGUAAAUUGACAAGAAAUAUUUAUUUUUUUCCAUAUUGCUUUGUCACCUCCCUAUGGGUAUAUACUGUGUCCCACCCCUCCCUGUAUGGACUCUUGUAUGUAUAACUAAAGCCUGAGAGAUAAGAGACCUUAUAUUUGAAUUAUCCUUGAACCACCUCCCCCCAGUCUUGUUCUUCACUAUAUUCAUGAGGUGGGGGGUGGAGAAGUUGAGUGGGUUCAUCCCCCAGGGUAAGGUUGUGUACAUCCAUUCCCUUCAUCGUUUAGCCCCUUAAGUUUCCCUUUCAGCCCAAGGCUCAGCAGCUCCUAGAACACCCUAGAUGUGAGGAGCUGAACCCUAUUGCCAAAGGCCCUUUGCGUGUGUGCAUAUGCAGAGGUGGAGGCUUCAGGAUUUGUGUGGAAGGUAUGGAUGGUGUGUGUGUCAUUACUUGUGUAUCUUUUCAUAUUUUCCCCCUCCAAAAUACUGUAAGUGCGUGGCAAUGCUGUUUCAGGGAGAUGGAAAUGAGAAUGGUUUGUAGAAGGUAGGGAGCAAGGAUGAACCACCCUCUUCAUCAUCUGCUCCCCAUUAGUAAGUAAGACCAUGAGUCUUUGUGACUGAAGUUGCUCAGAAGUCCCCUUCCUUUUGAGAAAUUCAAGUUAGACACCUGAAUUUUUUAAACCUUUUCCUUACUUCCCUAUCAAUCCUAGUUCUGUGCCCAAAUAGGGAAAGACAUAUAUUUUGCUCUUUGUCAAGUCAAGAGUUUUCCGCCUUCAUUUUACCACUGCUCAACCUGAAGAAUUCUGGGCUCCUGGUCUGAAUCCUUCAUCACCACUUCAUAUCAGAUGAAUUGCCGGACCCCCUCAUCACCCAGCUCCAGGUCCUCUGGCUAAGAUCUGGGAUCAGCCUUCACAUUCACUUCUCUCACCUUGUGCCUACUGGCUCUCUUAUUUCCUAGUCUUGGUUCAGGCCAACCCUGAUGACCCUGUUUUUGAAGGGACUGUGUUUAAAGUUUGAAAGCAAACUGUCCCCUUAUACCACCCAAGAUCAUUCUAAGAAGAACCAACUUCCUAGAACCUAAUGUUCCUAAUCUGGACAUGUUUAGAGGUACCUGGAGUUACUAGUUUUGACUUUCCAGGAGAUCUAAUGGUGGAAGAGAAUUGUGUUCAAAUCUUGGAGUGGGCACCAUCUUUGGGUAAGAUGCUGGUAGAGUAAGACCAUGUGGAAUUAGGUGUCAGAGAUUGUAUCUCGCACGUAGGCAUGAACACACACACACACGCACACACACACACACACAGACACACAGCACUGCAAUAUAUUCUUGCCAAAGAUUUCCUUUAAAAAGAAAGCACUUUUAAUUUUUUUUUUUGUAAAUGACUGUAUCUUUCUCAUAUUUUUUCUUCCCUCUCCCAACCUACUUUGCUGUUGAUUUAUGUUGUAUGUUGUUGAUGUCUGUUUGUUGAUCCACUUGGGAAUGUUGGAUCAUUCCAUUUUGAAGCCAGGCUGAGAUGGGGAUGGAGAGGACAGGCCUGAAAAUAGUUGACAGAGGAGAGAAGGCUAUCACUCAAGCCUCAGUCAGAGUGAUGAUAAUAACUGAUUUGUCUCUACUCCCUCCACACACACCCUUGGCCUUCUCCCACCCAGCACCAUUCUAAGUCAGGAUGAAAACUCUCUUAGGUUUCCAAGACAGGAUGAGGAUGUAAUAAGAGCAUCCCCAAGGGAGAGAGGAGAGGCAAAAGAAUUCUUAAAAACAAGCUAAGCUCAGUAUAGGAUUUUUGGAGCUUCUUUAGGUGUAGGAUGAGGAAGAAAAAGAAAAUGUGAACUGAUGCUGAGAGCUUAGGUGAAUGGGGAGCAAACUUGUAGUUUGCCCAGCUUCAAAUGCUACCCCUCUCCUUGACCUCUUUAUCAGCAUCAUAUGGACACUGUUCUCCUUUGUUCUACCUAGCUUGUGUUUUCAUUUUGCAUUAUAAGUGGUAUGUACGUUGAAAAAGAGCCUUCCGCCCAGUUUUCCUCCCCCUAGGAAGAGAAGCUAUAUCUUAGCCUUUUGGAGAAGUCUUUUCAGCCCCUUAUCCAAACCUGGGCACUUCCCUUGGGUGGACAGAAAAAAUUUGUGGGGAAUAAUGGCCAUGUCUACCAUCAUUGAAGGUGGGAUCUCUUGGCAAAUGAGUCUCAGACAGGAGAAGAGGGUGAAGGUGUGUGUUUGUGUGUGUGAGAGAAUCCCAUCAGAGAAGAAGUUGCUAGAAAGGCCUCCCAGGAAAAGAGGAGUGUAGGAAAUUCCAGUCACUUUGAUCUGACUGGAACUGGACUGACAGGUCAGUUUCCCUUCAUGGGCCCAGAGGAAGGAUUGAUGUGUGAGGAGAAUCUGGUCUGGACUGCCCGUUCAGUGACCAUCACCUCUUCAUCUGUGCUGGUCCAGAUCUCUUCUCUGCUUUGCCUUCCUCAGCUUCAGCAACGCUGGGUAGGAGGGAGGGCUCUCGUCUUCCAGCCCUGUCCCUGGAACAUUCCAGGCUGAAACCCUUUAUCUGCUGAGACUUGGAGUUUCCUUCCAUAACAUAGGAAAGGUGGCUGUGAGUGUAUGUGUGUAUGUGGGUGUGUGAUACCUAUCAUUUUAGGGAACUGGUAUGCAUAUGUUUAUGGGAGGAUGUGUGUAUGGGGAUGGGUAAUGCUUAUAGGAGGCAGUGGAAAGUCUGGUACGAAAUCACCUUCAGGCAAAAGGAAUUGGCAGGUGAGGCCCAGAGGGUCACCUAGUUGGCUUUAGGCUCAGUCUUGGUUUUGUUUGUCUGAUCAAUGGAGAAAAUCAUUAGGCAGAGUGAGGGUCCCAGGGUUGUUCUGCCCCUCCCUAAGACCCAUUUUGUAGGGUCUGGGAAUUGUGGGAAGGCCUUCUUUUCUUCCCAUUCCUGUGCUAUUCCUAGCAGCCUGAAUCUUGUUGGGAGGAUGUUCCAAAUUAAUUUUCUAAUCAGUGUUAAGUAGUUUGGAACCCUAGUAUGUGUGUGUGUGUGUGUGUGUGUGUGUGUGUGUGUGUGUGUGUGUGUGUAUGUACAUGUGUGUGUGUUAGUGUAUAAAUGCACAGAUGUUUGUUGUGUUUUUGUUUCCCCCUCCUCCUGUCUCAAAUGUUAUUGAAAGCAAAUGUAAGAAAUCCCUCCCCUCACUAAUCCUCCCCCAGAAAAAUAUAAUAACCCUAUUCUUUCCUAUCCCUCCCCCAGCUAUGUAUUUAUAUAGAUGGAAAUAUACUUUAUAUUUUGUAUCAUUGUGCCCAUAACUUUUGCCACCUUGUAUAAAAUCUGACUUAUGUUACUCAUCCCGGGUAUGAAUGUAUUGUACACUGAUGCUCUCCUCCCACUCUGUACAGCAGCCUUUGUUUCUUUGCGACCCAUUGUAUGGCUUUAUAAAUGAUAAAGUUUAAAAAAAAUCCA